CCGUAUAUAGCGGGGAAAUUUUGUAACAACUAUAUACACCAUCUGUGUAUACAAUAACCUUGAUAUCUUUUCAAGGUUAUUGAACAUUUUUGUUUCACCAUAUUUGAAAGGAAAACAAUCAGUUAUCAGUAGUACAUUGAUAAUUGAUUUUUUUCUUCUUAAUUAAGAUGAUACAUUAAAACUUCUCAAUUAAUCAAUGAUUUACAAUGAUUUUCCUUUCUAUCAAAUUGUAUCUUUUACAUUUUAAUGUUUAUAUUAAAAGUGAAAAAUAAUUUCGCAAUUAUUUUUGUUGCUUAUUGAAUUCAACUUUCUUGGGUAAAUACAAUCGUAUAGUAAUUAAAAAAGUAUACAUUUUCAAUAUGCUUCAAUUCUAUUUUGGAUUAUAUGGAUUAGCUAUCUUUUUAUGUUUUCUUGGGUUUUUAUAUGCUUUAAUUGAAAAAGCAUAUAAACAGUUAAAAACUAAUAUAAACAAAUCUCAUUUAUCAAAUUAUUCUGAAAUCAUUUCAUCCAAUUCAAAUCAAAAUAGUACAACUCAUAAAAAGAUUUCAAGUAUCAUUGAAAAGGUUGAACAAAACAGUUUAAUGGACACAAUGAAAACCAAUGAAAUCUUUGAAAGUUCUUAUAAUCAAGAGAAUAAUGAAAAUCAACUCAAUGAUUCAGAUAUAAGUACACCAACUGAAGAAAUGAAAACAAUAAUAAAUGGAAAAUACAUUGAAAAUAAUCAUGAUCAAAUUCAUGCCAAAUUAGAUAUAUCAAUGAAAUCAUUCUCCGAACGUCGACAAGAACGUCGUAAGCGUUAUAAAGCUAAGAAAGGUCAAAGUUCAUCAUUUGGUUGCUUUUCAAUCAAUUCUUCUAUAGAUGAAUAUGAUACUGGAAAUACACUUAUAGAAGAUUCAGAUGAGACAACAAAUGUUAGCAAUUGUUCAAUGUUAUCAGAUAGUAAUGAUUCUCAACCGGAUUAUUUUAUUUUGGAAACACAUAAUAUGUGUGAAUUAAGAAAUUCAAUACAAAUAACUAAUUUGGAUGAUGCUGAAACUGACAAUAUUAAUCAUAAUGAUAUUAAUAUAAUGGAUAAAACGGAUUCUUUAGAUAUAACUUUAAAAUCUUCUUACAAAUAUGGGUGAGUAAAAUGAGAACAAGUAAAAAACAAUACAUCCCCUCCCCUCCAAAAAAACAUAACAACAACAACACACACACACAACUACACUGAUUUGAACAUAAACACAAUUAUUCUUUUUUAUUUUAUGCACAAUAAAAUAACUGAAUUAAUUUAUUGCAUUAUAAUCUAAUUUUAUUUCUUCUUUUUUUCUCUCGUUUAUGUUGUAUAACAUUUGAAUAUUUCUGUGAAAUCUUGCCCUAUAAAACAAUCUACCUUUUCUUUUUUCCAUUUUCCAACGAUUAUUUAUAAAAAGUUAAAUAUGUUGUAUACGUUGUGUUUAAAUAAAUAAUUCUUCUGUUAAGAAA